AUGCAAGACCCGAGAACAAUGUAUUCUGGUACCACAGGCGGCACAAAAUUAAACACGUCCGUUUCAGAUAGCGAUGCAGAUGUUGCGUCCGACAACACUUCCAUGACUACCAAGAAUGCGGAUGGAACUUUCGGGGCUCCGGUCGCCGAUAACCGCAAGGAACAGUUUCUCGAAGUAUGGAAAGAGUGGUCUCUAUCAAUGAAGUGCAUUGGCUCUUUCGCAGCUAUCGGAGUAGCUGUGAUGGCGAGUAUUGGGGCUUCCUCCAUGUUUGCCCCAAUGCUGAUCUCUGUCAACGAGUCUAUCAGCCUUGAUCUCAACAUUGUUUGGGUGUCUUUUGCCAGCAACCUUGCCCAAGCAGUCAUGUUGAUUACGACUGGCAGAGCUAUGGCUCUCAUCGGUUGUAUCAUCGCUGCCACAAUCAAAAUAGUCAAUGUAUUCAUCGGCGCAAACGUGCUCAUCGGUAUUAGGUUAUUGACUCAGAUCUCCUUUUUCUAUCUCAUCUCGGAUCUUGCACCAAUGAAAUACCGCUACUUCGCGUCAAAUUACAUUUAUGCACUUCUGAUACCUGUAUCGGGCGUUGUGCCAGCCGUGGUAACUUCUUUUGUUGCUAGUGGCCCUGGCAGUUGGAGAUCUUCUUACUAUAAACCUAUCGCUAUCAAUAUUUUGACUCUAUGCUGGGCGGCAUUCUAUCACUCGCCGUCCUAG